GCUUUUGGCGCCAAAAACUGUGUCAUCCGGAUCCGGAGUGGGGAUUCAACAAUUGUAAACAGACGCUUGCGCGGAUGCUCGCUAGCGCCGGAGGCGGCUCUUUCGUCGUGUUGCCAAGGUGCUGAGGCGACUAGAGUCUCACCUGAGCUCCGUGGCAAGAAGUUUUGGGGCUGGCAAAUCAGAAACUCGCAGACGCUCGUGGCAAACGGUUGUUGGUGGCUCAGAGUCAGAGUUCGAGCCAAGUUCGAGUGCGAGAGUUGGAGUCAGUGCGGAAUCAGUGGUCGAACGGGGCAAAGGACUACAUACCGCCUGGCCCGGCCCGCCGCCCGGGGCAUAACCGUUGACGCACACGCAACCGAAACCAUAAAAGGGGCUAAACAUAUAAAUUUGUGUAGUAAAAGUGAAGAAAGCGAAAGAAUCAAAGUGGAAUAAUAACAAGCGGAUGUGUUGGCUAUAGCUACAGCUCCUCGUAGGCCUCAUAGCCAGCAAACAUAUACAAAAGUGGCCUGCAAAAGAAGCCAAGAAACGUUUUUUGUUACCUCUCCGAAUACACCUGACUUCUGUCUCUCUCCGUGCAUGUGUGCCUGUGCCUGUGUGUGUGUGUCUGUGUGUGUGUGUGGUGUGAUAGUGUGAGUGUGUUGCCAAUGAAAAUGCAAAUUGUUGGUAACAAAUAUUGGUAAAAUGCGGAGGCCGAGAGUAUUUGUGCAAUGCGAGUGCGAAGCGAGUGCCAAGUAUAAAUUUUACAAUAUCACAAAUCAAUAAAGGAAUUAUAAUAAUCAGGAAGCACACUGCGAAAACCGCAUAAUGGCCAUAUAAACAAGCUAAGAGCAAAAAGUGUUUUGGCCACCCGUUGUUCCUUCUUCCUCCCGGCGUUCUUGUGUAAUGGACGGGGAGUGAGACGGAGAAGAGCGACCUGAGGACACCGACACCGACACCGACACCGCAGCAGAAUGUCUCAGCCGCGCGGAGGACGCGGGGCACGCGGUGCUGGGGGCGCCGGCGUUGGCCGGAAGACCCCCUCAUCGCUGACCGGUCCGCCGGACGACUCCACAACGCCCAGCGAACGUGCAACGCCCGCGAGUAAGGCCGACUCCGAUCCCAAGGACGACAGCUCCAGCAAUGGCGACAAAAAGGAUAUGGACCUCUUUCCGGCCCCCAAGCCGCCCAGUGCCGGUGCCUCCAUACGCGACACGGCCAACAAGGUGCUCAGCCUGGCCAUGAAGAGCGAGUGGACGCCCAUCGAAGCGGAGCUCAAGAAACUGGAGAAGUAUGUGGCCAAUGUCGGGGAGGAUGGCAAUCACAUACCCCUCGCCGGCGUACAUGAUAUGAAUACCGGCAUGACACCGCUGAUGUACGCCACCAAGGACAACAAGAGUGCCAUAAUGGAUCGCAUGAUUGAGUUGGGCGCCGAUGUGGGAGCUCGCAAUAAUGAUAAUUAUAAUGUGCUACAUAUUGCGGCAAUGUAUUCGCGUGAGGAUGUCGUCAAAUUGUUGCUAACAAAACGCGGCGUGGAUCCCUUCUCCACCGGUGGCUCGCGCUUUCAGACAGCGGUGCAUUUAGUGUCAAGUCGGCAAACCGGAACUGCAACCAAUAUCCUUCGCACUCUCCUCGCAGCUGCUGGCAAGGACAUACGCGUGAAAGCAGACGGCCGUGGCAAAAUCCCAUUGCUUCUGGCCGUGGAGUCGGGCAAUCAGUCCAUGUGCAGAGAGCUACUGUCUGCACAAACGGCGGACCAACUGAAGGCAACGACGGCCAAUGGAGACACGGCCUUGCAUUUGGCCGCCAGACGGCGGGACGUGGACAUGGUCCGGAUCCUGGUCGAUUACGGCACCAACGUGGACACGCAGAACGGGGAGGGCCAGACCCCGCUGCACAUCGCUGCCGCCGAGGGCGAUGAGGCGCUACUCAAGUACUUCUAUGGCGUGCGUGCCUCAGCGUCCAUUGCGGACAAUCAAGAUCGCACUCCGAUGCACUUGGCCGCCGAGAAUGGGCAUGCGCAUGUCAUCGAAAUACUGGCGGACAAAUUCAAGGCGAGCAUCUUCGAGCGCACCAAGGAUGGCAGCACACUGAUGCACAUUGCGUCACUCAAUGGCCAUGCUGAGUGCGCCACGAUGCUCUUCAAGAAGGGUGUCUACCUCCACAUGCCCAACAAGGACGGGGCCCGGAGCAUACACACCGCGGCCGCUUAUGGACACACUGGCAUCAUCAACACCCUUCUGCAGAAGGGCGAGAAGGUGGACGUCACCACGAAUGACAACUAUACGGCCCUGCACAUAGCCGUGGAGUCGGCCAAGCCCGCCGUUGUGGAGACGCUGCUGGGAUUUGGGGCCGAUGUGCAUGUUCGUGGCGGGAAGCUUCGAGAGACGCCGCUGCACAUUGCAGCGCGAGUGAAGGACGGAGAUCGUUGUGCCCUCAUGCUGCUGAAGUCGGGGGCCAGUCCGAACCUCACGACAGACGACGCCCUUACCCCCGUCCAUGUGGCAGCCCGCCAUGGCAACCUGGCCACCCUUAUGCAGCUGCUGGAGGACGAGGGCGAUCCAUUGUACAAGUCCAAUACGGGCGAGACCCCCCUGCAUAUGGCCUGCCGAUCAUGCCACCCGGAAAUCGUGCGCCACCUCAUCGAGACGGUAAAGGAGAAGCACGGCCCGGACAAGGCCACAACGUACAUUAAUUCCGUGAACGACGACGGCGCUACGGCGCUGCACUACACAUGCCAAAUAACCAAGGAGGAGGUGAAGAUCCCGGAGUCGGACAAGCAGAUCGUCCGCAUGCUCCUGGAGAACGGGGCGGACGUAACGCUGCAGACGAAGACAGCCCUGGAGACGGCUUUCCACUACUGCGCCGUGGCGGGCAACAACGAUGUGCUGAUGGAGAUGAUCUCGCACAUGAAUCCCACGGACAUCCAGAAGGCCAUGAACCGGCAGUCGUCGGUGGGCUGGACGCCGCUGCUGAUCGCCUGCCACCGGGGACACAUGGAGCUGGUCAACAACCUUUUAGCGAAUCAUGCCAGAGUCGAUGUAUUCGACACAGAAGGCCGAUCGGCCCUGCACCUGGCCGCCGAGCGGGGCUACCUGCACGUCUGCGAUGCUUUGUUAACGAACAAGGCCUUUAUCAACUCGAAGUCGCGGGUGGGACGCACCGCCCUUCACCUGGCGGCGAUGAACGGGUUCACGCAUUUGGUCAAGUUCCUCAUCAAGGACCACAACGCGGUGAUCGACAUCCUGACGCUGCGGAAGCAGACGCCCCUGCACUUGGCGGCGGCCAGCGGCCAGAUGGAGGUCUGCCAGCUGCUGCUCGAGCUGGGGGCCAACAUCGACGCGACGGACGACCUGGGGCAGAAGCCCAUACAUGUCGCCGCGCAGAACAACUACUCUGAAGUGGCCAAACUCUUCCUCCAACAGCAUCCGUCGCUGGUGAAUGCGACGAGCAAGGACGGCAACACCUGCGCCCAUAUUGCCGCCAUGCAGGGAUCUGUGAAGGUGAUCGAGGAGCUGAUGAAGUUCGAUCGGUCUGGCGUGAUCUCGGCUAGAAAUAAGUUGACCGAUGCCACGCCCUUGCAGCUGGCUGCCGAGGGCGGGCAUGCGGACGUGGUCAAGGCACUGGUCCGUGCCGGUGCCUCCUGCACCGAAGAAAACAAGGCGGGCUUCACCGCCGUCCAUCUGGCAGCCCAAAACGGACACGGAGCGGUCCUGGACGUGCUGAAAAGCACCAAUUCCCUGAGGAUCAAUAGCAAGAAGCUGGGUCUAACGCCCCUCCACGUGGCCGCAUACUACGGGCAGGCGGAUACGGUCCGCGAACUCCUCACGAGUGUCCCCGCAACGGUGAAAUCGGAGACGCCCACGGGACAGAGUCUGUUCGGCGAACUGGGCACCGAAUCGGGCAUGACUCCCCUGCAUCUGGCAGCCUUCUCGGGGAACGAGAACGUGGUGCGACUUCUCCUCAACUCGGCGGGCGUUCAGGUUGAUGCGGCGACAACGGAAAACGGCUAUAAUCCACUUCAUUUGGCUUGCUUCGGCGGACACAUGUCAGUGGUCGGUUUGCUUCUGAGUCGGUCGGCGGAACUCCUCCAAUCACAGGAUCGGAAUGGCCGCACUGGCCUGCACAUCGCUGCCAUGCACGGCCACAUCCAGAUGGUGGAGAUUCUGCUCGGACAGGGCGCGGAGAUAAAUGCAACCGAUCGCAACGGUUGGACGCCACUGCAUUGUGCUGCCAAAGCCGGUCACUUGGAGGUGGUGAAGCUGCUGUGCGAGGCCGGUGCCUCGCCCAAGUCCGAGACGAACUAUGGCUGUGCCGCCAUCUGGUUUGCUGCUUCCGAAGGCCACAACGAAGUGCUGCGCUACCUUAUGAACAAGGAACACGACACCUAUGGCCUCAUGGAGGACAAGCGGUUUGUCUACAACCUGAUGGUUGUCUCCAAGAACCACAACAACAAGCCCAUCCAGGAAUUCGUGCUAGUGUCGCCCGCCCCAGUGGAUACGGCUGCCAAGUUGUCCAACAUUUACAUAGUGCUGUCUACGAAGGAAAAAGAGCGCGCCAAGGAUCUGGUGGCUGCUGGCAAGCAAUGCGAGGCGAUGGCCACCGAACUUCUGGCUCUGGCUGCCGGCUCCGAUUCGGCCGGAAAGAUACUGCAGGCCACCGACAAGCGGAACGUGGAGUUUCUCGACGUCCUCAUUGAGAACGAGCAGAAGGAGGUCAUUGCCCAUACAGUAGUCCAGCGGUAUCUUCAAGAACUCUGGCAUGGAUCCCUGACGUGGGCCUCCUGGAAGAUCAUGCUGCUGCUGGUAGCCUUCAUCGUCUGUCCGCCCGUGUGGAUCGGCUUCACCUUUCCGAUGGGGCACAAGUUCAACAAGGUGCCCAUCAUCAAGUUCAUGUCGUACCUCACCUCGCACAUUUACCUCAUGAUCCACCUGAGCAUCGUGGGCAUCACGCCCAUCUAUCCAGUGCUGCGCCUCAGCCUGGUCCCCUACUGGUACGAGAUCGGGCUGCUCAUCUGGCUGAGCGGACUGCUGCUCUUCGAGCUAACGAAUCCCUCGGACAAGUCUGGUCUGGGGUCCAUCAAGGUGCUGGUCCUGCUGCUCGGCAUGGCCGGGGUGGGCGUGCACGUGGCCGCCUUUGUGUUCGUCUCCAAGGAGUACUGGCCCACGCUCGUGUACUGCCGGAACCAGUGCUUCGCUUUGGCCUUCCUGCUAGCCUGCGUACAAAUCCUGGAUUUCCUGUCGUUCCAUCACCUGUUCGGGCCCUGGGCCAUCAUCAUUGGCGAUCUGCUGAAGGAUCUGGCACGGUUUCUGGCCGUGUUGGCCAUCUUCGUGUUCGGCUUCUCCAUGCACAUAGUGGCGCUGAAUCAGUCGUUCGCCAACUUUUCGCCGGAGGAUCUGCGGAGCUUCGAGAAGAAGAACCGCAACCGGGGCUACUUCAGUGACGUGCGCAUGCAUCCGAUAAACUCGUUCGAGUUACUCUUCUUCGCCGUGUUCGGUCAGACGACGACCGAGCAAACGCAAGUUGACAAAAUCAAAAAUGUAGCCACGCCCACUCAACCGUACUGGGUUGAGUAUCUGUUCAAAAUUGUCUUUGGCAUAUACAUGCUGGUGUCGGUGGUUGUCCUAAUUAACCUGCUGAUUGCUAUGAUGUCAGACACCUAUCAACGAAUCCAGGCACAAUCCGACAUCGAGUGGAAAUUUGGCUUGUCAAAGCUUAUACGCAAUAUGCAUCGCACCACAACAGCGCCUUCGCCGCUUAAUUUAGUUACCACCUGGUUUAUGUGGAUCGUCGAGAAGGUCAAGACUCGGUGGCCUUAUCGCAGGUGCAUCUCUCGCCGUUGGGAUCACAGGCCAGCUUCUCGCAGGCCAAUCAGAACCGCAUCGAGAACGUGGCCGACUGGGAGGCCAUUGCCAAGAAGUAUCGAGCUCUGGUGGGCGACGAGGAGGGAGGCUCCCUCAAGGAUUCGGAUGCAGAGAGCGGAUCCCAGGAGGGCAGCGGGGGUCAACAGCCGCCGGCACAGGUCUAAGCUUCACUUCACUUCACUCUACUGUCUACUGUCUACUGUCUUCUCUCUUCCAACUAUCCAUCCUUCCGCCACCAACUUCUGUCUAUCUCUUCUCGACUGUACUGUCUGUCCUGAACUGUACUGUACUCCUAAGCCCUAACCUAAGCAAACCUACUGCUAAGCCGCACUAGCCCUUAGUUAAGCUUCACCUUCCUAUGGCCUUAAGGUAAACUAAUUUAGCUAGAAUAUUGAAAUUGUUUUGGGUAACCUUCGAAGCGCCUCAUCAGAUCAGAUUAAUUUUGAUUUACUUUUCGAUAUCGAUAUCAGUUCUUCGAGAAUUAUGAAUGAAUGAUGAACAACAAAACAAGUUUUCCAUAUUCGA